AUGGAGAAGCCAACAGAAAUCAGCAGCGCAAAAAUGUUUGAUGGAUACAACAAGAGAUACAAACACUUUAGUCCCACAUUAGGCUGUUCCAUGACCUUCCAUAUCUACUUUCCUCCUUCAUCCUCCCCUUCUCACAAAUUUCCAGUACUUUAUUGGCUUUCCGGCUUAACGUGCACAGAUGAGAACUUUAUAACCAAAUCUGGUGCUCAGCGUGUUGCUUCAAGUGAGGGUGUUGUGUUGAUUGCCCCGGAUACUUCUCCGAGAGGCUUGAAUGUUGAAGGAGAAUCAGACAGCUGGGAUUUUGGCGUCGGUGCUGGGUUUUAUCUCAAUGCGACACAAGAGAAGUGGAAGAAUUGGCAGAUGUAUGACUAUAUUGUGAAGGAAUUACCAUUACUUCUUACUGAAAAUUUUCCACAGCUUGAUACAUCACGAGCAUCUAUCUUUGGUCAUUCGAUGGGCGGGCAUGGAGCACUGACAAUCUACCUUAAAAAUUUGGACAAGUACAAGUCGGUGUCGGCAUUUGCACCUAUUGUCAAUCCUAUAAAUUGUCCCUGGGGUCAGAAAGCUUUCACAAAUUACUUGGGUGAAAAUAAAGCUGCCUGGCAGGAGUAUGAUGCCACUUGUCUCGUAUCAAAAUUCAACAAUGUUUCUGCUACCAUUCUAAUUGAUCAGGGAGACGAGGACAAAUUCUUAAAGGAACAAUUGCUACCGCACAAGCUUGAGGAGGCAUGUCGAAAGGUGAAUGUUCCACUUCUCCUCCGCAUCCAGCCUGGUUAUGAUCACUCCUAUUAUUUCAUCGCAACCUUCAUCGACGAUCAUAUCCGUCAUCAUGCCCAAGCGCUUAACCUGUAA